AUGUUAAUAUAACUCAUGUGCCGCUUGCAGGUAGUACUAUUAGUCAGUGUAUCCUUGUCUAUGACCAUGGCGGCGCCCGGUAUUUAUGGCGGUUAUGGUGGUCAUGGCGGUAUUGCCUUAGCAGCCGCACCUGCAGUGUCCUAUGCUGCCCCAGCUGUUUCCUAUGCUGCACCAGCCAUCUCUUAUGCAGCACCCGCUAAAGUUGUGGCUGCAGCACCCGCCAUUGUUGCCGCUCCCAAAGUGGUAGCUGCUGCUCCAGCUAUUGUUAAGGCUGUUGAGCCAGAACCUUUCGAUCCCAAUCCCAAAUAUAGUUUUUCAUAUGGUGUAUCUGAUCAUUCUACUGGUGAUUCAAAAUCGGCCGAAGAACAUUUGGAAAAUGGUGUCAUCCAUGGCAGUUACUCACUGACUGAAGCUGAUGGUUCUAUACGUAAGGUCACCUACACUGCCGAUAAAAUCAAUGGUUUCAAUGCGGUGGUUGAAAAAUCCGGUCAAGCCAUCAUUGCUAAACCAGUAGCUGUAGCCGCUGCAGUACCCGUUGCCAAAGUAGCCUAUGCUGCACCAGCCGUAACCAAGGUAGCUUAUGCUGCACCAGCUGUAGCUAAAGUAGCUUAUGCUGCUGCUCCAGCCUACUAUGGUGGUUAUCAUCACUAAAUAAACUAUCAAGCAUGGAAACAUAACCGCCACCACCAUCAAUCAACUACCAUAUAUCAUUGAGUCAUAAAAAAAAUCUAGUGACAAUUUCGUUAAAAAUCAACUCAUAAAAUGACCACUAAGCUAUCGUUAUUUGGACUUGUGAUCUUGUAAAUCUGCUCUUUUAUUAUAAAAGUAUUAUUAAUUAUUUUUUCCAACAAUUAAUAAUACCUAAUAAUGUUAUUAACUUAUUGUUUUAGUUUUAAUCAUAUCUAUUCAUAUUCACCACCAUAUAUACUUCGGUUAUAUACUGACUCACUCAAACGCUCUCAAUCUUAAAACUCACUCACUCUCUCUUUCACUCACUCAACUGUCAUUCGCUUCUCUUUAAAGAAAAUAGUAUUUAAAACUUCAUAUUUUUUGUUAAGUUAUAAGACAUUGAUUGUCUUAUGAUUUUUGUUUUUGUAAUAUAUAUAUUUUUAUUUUUGUUGUUUAUUAUUAAUUUUUGAUUCUUUCUGCUCAUUUUGUUAUUGUAAAUUUAUUUUUUUUUAAUUUGUUGUAAAUAAUCCAUUAUUAAUCUUAUGCUAUUGUCAUCUUUUGUGUUGGUGUCAAUAGUCAGUUUUUUUUUGUUAAAAAAAUAAUAUUUUAUAGAAUGUAAGUGACACGAAUUUUUCUCGUAGAAGAAUCGUGUUAAUAACUUUUUAAAAAAAA